AUGCUUCUACUUAGCUUCAGUCUUUUCUUCUUGCUUGUUGCUUUAUUCGAAGCCGAUCCAAAAGUAUGCACUGCUCUUUACAAGGUGAUAGAUGAAAAUUGUCCGGCAAACGCUGUAAUUCAAGAGAUUCUAAACGACGAGAGGCCGGAGCCAACGAAACGAGAGUCGAAUUGGGGAAUUGUUGACACAGACCGCUUGUUGAUCAGCCGUAGUCAAGCCUUUGAGGUGGGCACAGGACUUGGGAAUCGACUCUUUGCUGUCAUGUCGACAUUCGGAAUUGCCAACAAGUUGAAUAGACAAGCGAUUUUUCCGGCUCGUCACGAACUGUGCACUUGGCAUUGCAUUGAGGCACUUUGGGAGAUCUCGACUCUUUUCCCUGGUCUCAUCCCAGAAAAAGCUAUCGAUGUUUCGGCUCGGCACACGAAAAACCUCUACGAUGAACUCGUGAUCAAUGAGUGUUGUCUUUAUAUUGACCCAUUCAAAAGACACUUUCCAAUUCAACAACAGCAACAAACUCUUCGUUUUUAUGGCUCCUUCAUUCAAAGCUACAAAUACUUUAUCGACUAUCAAGACGAAUAUGAGCCAAUUUUGAAAUCCGGAUUGAAAGCUUUUGCGAAACUUUCAGCGUCAAUGGCGCCAAUUGAAGUGAUUGAUCCGGGAGCGACAAGAAUCUGUCUUCACACUCGUCGUGGCGGCUUUACAGGAGACUUUCAUCAGGCCUCAAAUCCAACUUUUCUUCGCAACACAAUUCAACAUUUUUCGAAACCGAAAAAUCGUCGAAAUGUUCAAUUUCUCCUAUUCGGCGAUGAUGUGGAUUGGUUGCGCUCAAUUGAGGCUGAAAUGAAGAUUUUAAAUCCAAAUCUUCAUAUAGUUGAUCAAAAAGGAUCGCCACCGGUCGCUACAUGGCAUUUCUUUUCACAAUAUUGUGACAAAGUUGUGAUCACAGCUUCUUCGUCAACUUUUGGCUGGUGGGCGGCUUACUUUUCACAAUUGGGGCGGCCGAAUGUUGAGGUCUACUACAAUAAGAGAUUCGCCAAAAGCGCCGCCUAUUUAACCCAGCAGAAAGAUGAAGAUUUCUUUUUGCCCAAUUGGAUACCCCUUGAUUUGGAGAAUGGAAAUGAUAAACGAAAA